GCCACCCUGACGGUCAUGUGGCUCCUGGGCACGGCGGGCAACGCGUACACGCUGGCCAUCACGCGCUCGGCGGCACUGCGCCGCAAGGGCUCCGUCUACAUCUACGUGGCCAACCUGGCCCUGGCGGACCUGCUCUACCUGUCCACCAUCCCCUUCGUAGUGUGCACCUACUUCGCCCACGACUGGCUCUUCGGGGACGCCGGCUGUCGGGUGCUACUCAGUCUGGACCUGCUCACCAUGCACGCCAGCGUCUUCAUCCUGGUGGCCAUGAGCUCGGAGCGCUACCGCGCCGUGGCGCGGCCCAUGAGUGCCCGCAACUCCUCCCCGCGCAGCCGCAAGAUGGUGGCGGCCGCCAUCUGGGCCACCGCCUUUGUGCUGACUCUGCCCAUGAUGGUCAUGAUCCAACUCAGGCACAACAAACCGUCUCCGGCCGGCGUGGUGAAGCGCAUGUGCUUCCCGACGUGGACCCCGGAGGCUUUCAAGGCCUACGUGGGGAUCCUGUUCCUGACCAGCGUUCUGAUCCCGGGUCUGAUCAUGGUGUCGCUUUAUGUGGGCCUCGCUCGACGCUACUGGGCCAGCCAGGCCCGUGCGGGAGGACGGGCCCGCUCGGCCCGACGGCGAGGACUCAAACAGCGUGUGGCAGUCAUGAUCUUUAGCAUCGUGGUGGCCUACUGGGCCUGUUUCCUGCCCUUCUGGGGGUGGCAGCUGACCCAGCUCUUCUCACCGGAGUCCCUCAAGGCUCUCUCCGCGGCCACUCACAACUACGUCAACUUUUUUGUCACCUGUCUGACAUACGGUAACAGCUGCGUCAAUCCUUUCCUCUACACUCUGCUGACCAACAAUUACAAGGACUACCUGGCCCAGAAAGGCCAGUCCACGCUGGCUAGCAGAAUGGAGACGACAGGAAGCUCGCCCUCUCGGGUCUCAUAGACCGGCAAGUCUUGACUGAAGGCUUCGGCUUAAGGUGAAAGUGAUUUCCCUUCCCUUAUUCGGCUCAGGGGGAAAACGAUGGAUUUUUACAUGAACGUGAAUAUUUUAAAAUCUUUAUAACCCACUUAUGAAUCAUUUUCUGGAUAUCAAAACAUAAUCCAUUAAUUUGCCCCUUUUAAUGCAAAAAGCGACUCAAGGUAAACUCUGUACUUUAUAUGUUCAUCAUCACAUUAAAGACCUUUCCGAAACCAGGGAUAAACCUCUUUCAAUCAAUGCAAAGUGGUACCCAGUGAUCAUUUAUUGAUACUUGACCACCUCUUUGCAGGGUAGACUUUUUAUGAUCAUUUAUAUUUGGUAUUAUUUUUAGCUUUCCCACAUGGCCGCGCACACUUUCUUCUUUUUGGAAAUGUAGUCACGCAAUGUUACAUUCCUCGGCCUCUUCCCA